AACCUCUGGCCGCUGGCCUCUGGCCCGACAGCACCUUCCCUGCGACACCGCAGCCAGCUGCCCGCCCCUUCCCGGGCGGCGGUGGCCAAGCCGCGGAGCGCCUGCUCAGUGCAGGAGGCGGCGCGCGAGGGGCGGCGUCCACCUCAGGCGCUCCAGCAUGGCGGCGACGGCCGCGCCGCGGGGCAGCUCCUCAGCCUCGGCGUCCCCAGCCGUGGCCGAGCUCUGCCAGAACACCCCAGAGACCUUUCUGGAGGCCUCGAAGCUGCUGCUCACCUACGCUGAUAACAUCCUCAGAAACCCUAAUGAUGAAAAAUACAGAUCUAUCCGGAUUGGAAAUGCAGCUUUUUCUACUAGACUCUUGCCUGUCAGGGGAGCUGUAGAGUGUUUAUUUGAAAUGGGUUUUGAAGAGGGAGAAACACAUCUCAUCUUUCCUGAAAAAGCUUCAGUGGAACAGCUGCAAAAGAUUCGGGACCUGAUUGCCCUCGAGAGAAGCAGCAGACUGGCUGGGUCCAGUCAGAGCCACAAGGCCGAGUCCUCUCCGCAGCUUGCAGCCAGCCCCCUGCUGCCUGGGCCACAGUCAUCCAGCCCUGCCGAGCCAAGCCGGAGGGUCGGACACCAGCAAGAAGCCGACCCUGUGUGUCUGACCCUCUGUUGGGAUGCUGGACGGUGGCAUCGAGCCACAGCUCCCUGUGAGUCACGUGAUGACAAGGAUAAACAGCCAGUUCUCUCCACUGUACUGUUACUGAGCUGUAUUACUAACUUUUUUUCUUUCUUUCAGGCUAUGGCUGAUUCAACUAUUCUAAAAAUUCUGGAGUCUACAGUCCAGCAUGUGCUGCUCUAUGAAAACCUUGCUCUGCAGGAGAAAGCGUUGGCUUGUAUUCCAGUCCAAGAAUUAAAAAGGAAAUCGCAAGAGAAGUUAUCUAGAGCUAGAAAACUGGAUCAAGGUGCUAAUGCAAGUGAGGAGGACUUUCUUUUGCUAGAGCUUUUGCAUUGGUUUAAAGAGGAGUUUUUUCACUGGGUGAAUAAUAUUUCAUGCUCUAAAUGUGGUGGAGAGACGAGACCUAGAGGUUCAACAUUAGUGCCUAACGAGGACGAGUUGAAGUGGGAUGCAAGAAAAAUAGAAGAUCAUUACUGUGACGCAUGCCAGUUCAGCAAUCGAUUCCCAAGGUAUAACAACCCUGAGAAGCUUUUGGAAACCAGGUCUGGGCGAUGUGGCGAGUGGGCCAAUUGUUUCACGCUGUGCUGCCGAGCUUUGGGGUUUGAAGCUCGCUAUGUUUGGGAUUAUACAGACCAUGUCUGGACUGAGGUCUACUCCUGUGCGCAGCAGCGCUGGCUGCACUGCGAUGCGUGUGAGGACGUGUGCGACAAACCACUGCUCUAUGAAGUGGGCUGGGGCAAGAAGCUUUCUUACGUGCUGGCGUUUUCUAAAGAUGAGGUAGUGGAUGUAACUUGGCGCUAUUCUUGUAAACAUGCAGAGGUAAUCUCCAGAAGAACUAAGAUUAAAGAAGACAUACUUCGAGAAACUAUUAAUGGGCUUAAUAAACAGAAGCAAGUGUCUUUAUCAGAAAACAGAAGAAAAGAACUUCUCCAUAGAAUAAUUGUAGAACUUGUGGAAUUUAUAUCUCCCAAGACCCCUAAACCUGGAGAACUUGGUGGAAGAGUGUCUGGGUCAGUCGCUUGGAGGGUAGCCCGAGGUGAAAUGGGUCUAGAGAGAAAAGAAACCCUGUUCAUCCCCUCUGAAAAUGAGAAGAUUUCCAAACAGCUCCAUCUUUGCUAUAAUAUUGUGAAAAAUAGCUACGUCCGAGUUUCCAAUAACAAUCAGAUUAUUCCUGGAUGGGAGAAUGGUGUGUGGAAAAUGGAAUCCAUAUUCAGAAAAGUGGAAACAGACUGGCACAUGGUCUAUUUAGCAAGAAGGGAAGGAUCAUCUUCUGCAUAUAUUUCCUGGAAGUUUGAGUGUGGAUCAGUUGGCCUGAAAAUAGACAGUAUUUCCAUCAAAACAAGCAGUGAAACCUUCCAUGCUGGAUCAGUGCAGUGGAAACUGCGGUCUGAUGCCACGCAGGUAGACGUGGCAGGCGAUAAAAAUAUUCACUCCUAUGAUGAUUUUUCUGAUGCCACUGAAGUUAUUUUGGAAGCAGAAUUAACUGGAGGAGAUGGUGAGGUUGCUUGGCAACAUACCCAGCUGUUUAGACAAAGCUCAAAUGACCAUGAAGAAAACUGUUUGGAGAUAAUUAUAAAAUUCAAUGACCUUUAAGAACCUGAAUAUUAUAAAAGAGCUGGCAUAAUCAAGAACUUACCAUGGUCUGCAGUAGUGUGUUGGCUCAGUGCAUGCUGAGUUGGCGAUUUACUACUCUACACCAGCAUAUAUAUUUUUGGUGUGGCCAUUUAUCAUGUAACCCUCAUUAAAAUAUAUCUUUAUACUGUGGGCCAUAACGAAAUCUUGAAUUAAAAACUACCCUCCAUAUGUGACUGUAAUUUGAAAUAAAGUGUUCUUGCCUUCAGAAGAAGUUUAACGACUAUAAGUACAAUUGUAAAAGUAAACUGGUGGUAUGCAUUAUUAAAUGCUAUUCAUGAUUAUGAUAAAAUCGUGGCCUAAUGAGAAUAAUCUCAUGUUUACUGAGCAGCCAUUAACUUCUUCAUUAAUGGUUGGAUUAUAUUUUCCUGAGAUUUUAAAUUUUUAAUAAAAGUGAAAAUAUCUCUUAA